AUGGACUCAAGUACAAAACCUUUUUCUGUUCUCUUUGUGUGUCUUGGAAAUAUAUGCAGAAGUCCAGCUGCUGAAGGUGUUUUUACAGAUUUGGUUAAGAAAAGGGGGCUUGAUUCAAAGUUUAAGAUUGAUUCUGCUGGUACUAUUAAUUAUCAUGAGGGAAAUGAAGCUGAUCCAAGAAUGAGGGCUGCUGCUAAAAGGCGUGGAAUUGCGAUAACGUCUAUAUCUAGGCCAAUUAGGGCUUCUGAUUUCAAAGAUUUUGAUCUCAUUCUUGCUAUGGAUGAGCAAAACAAAUCUGAUAUUCUUGGGGCUCUGGAGAGGUGGAUCCAUAGAGAGCCAUUGCCAGCUGAUGCAGCGGAAAAGGUUUUUGAAUUGAUAAGUCUUAUACUGGUACUGUUAUCAACUGCAUUUCUCAAUUCUGUUAUCCUAAAAGUGCUUUUAACAUUCAGGUCCGCUUGA